CAGGACAUCCAGCACACCGAGGACUUCCUCAUCAAGCCCGAGUCCCGCGUGGCGCAGCUCGACACGUCCCAGUGGCCGCUGCUGCUGAAGAACUUUGACAAGCUGAACGUGCUGACGACACACUACACACCCCUCCCUUCUGGUGCUAAUCCCUUGAAGAGGGAGAUCUCUGACUACGUACGGUCCGGCUUCAUUAACCUGGACAAGCCUUCCAAUCCAUCUUCCCACGAGGUGGUGGCAUGGAUCCGACGCAUCCUUCGAGUAGAGAAGACAGGGCACAGUGGCACCCUGGACCCUAAGGUGACCGGGUGCCUCAUUGUGUGCAUUGAGAGGGCAACGCGGCUGGUCAAGUCUCAGCAGAGCGCAGGCAAAGAGUAUGUGGGAAUUGUUCGGCUGCACAAUGCAAUUGAAAGUGAGGCUCAGCUUGCCAGGGUAAGUCUCAGCACACUGUUGGCCACGCUGGCACUCUGUGCAAAGAGUUUGGCUUCUGUGGGAGACGAGGGGGUAGGAGUGAAGCUCAGGUGUGCUGUGUGUGAGGUGAUGAUGAAGUUUAUCCAUUCUCUGAGUGCGCUGGCACUGCCCUCCUGCAGCACCCCGAUUCCUGUUCUAGGGUCU